AUGAAGCCCCAUCGCGCUCACAGAUUUCUCCGAAAGGUGUUGGAAUUUUUCCAUUUAUCCACUCCCUCAUCAAAGGGUGCAGUCAAAGCCCGCAGCAAUGCUAAGCUGUGGUGUGUUGCUACCACCACACCUCCUCUUCACAGCAUCUCCGCUAGCCGAGGAUGUGACCAGACUGAAGCGAAUGGUCAAGUUGAUGAUCCUCCUCGGUAUACAUUCGACGGCGCAGUUCUUGAAAAGCCAAUCUCGACUCGCAGACAACUAGAGGGUCGAAUUGUGAAACUCUGGAAGAAAGUCUGGCUGGGCCUUUAUCAGAUCGAUGAUAACGAGGAUCGAUACCAUCUUCAAGUUCUCAGGCGUCAUUUUCUUCGAAGCGAGACCAACAAUGGAAUUGCUUCGCUGAAGCUUUUCCGGGGUCUAUCACUUUCGGCCCUUCUAUCCGUGAUCCAUAUUCUGGAGGCUUAUGAAAGUGAAAUUGACAACUUGAGGCUGCUCUAUUCCAUCUUGCGAAGGGGUCAACUUUCACUGCAUGAGACUGCUGAUCUUGCUCAAACUGCUUUUGUCAGAACUGAGUAUAUGGCAAUUGCGGAGCCGAUGGAGAAGCGGAUCAGACAGUAUGAUAUUCGAAUGAAUGUGGUAAAUAUGGAUAUCUGCGAUGAGGCAAUGGGUUUCUAUGAGCGACAAAAGGGGGAAUAUAUUUACCACAAGGCAUUCCCGAAUGCGUGGUAA